GUUUGUGUGUGUGUGUGUCCUGUCAGAGAGAGUCAGAGACAGUGCUGUCAUUUCCUUGAUGCGCUCAUUGGUGUGUCCCUAUAACGUGUCACAACUUUUGUUGGAUUACCCCAGUUAUGUGAAGCAUCAUUAGUUGUUGAAGUACCACUCYCGCUCUCUCAUCCUUGUCUUCGAGGUAACCACCUGCAGGAACAAGGUCCCUCUGACUAGAACAGUUCAGGAACUUGAUGAAUGCAAAUAGAUCAGCAUCCAAAGCAACUCGGGGAACAACUUUUUCAAACAUGCUCUGUUUAAUAUUAUCGGUUCUUACACUUGCGCCUGCCUCUAAAAUGCAUAGUAUCCAUGUGUCUAGAGAGCCCACCAACAUGCUAUUCUCUUCUUGCACAUUUCUAAUGUUUUCAUUGAUGACGUCUCUGCUGGUGAAGGGACUGGAGGCUGCGACCACCGCGGGGACAACGCCUGGUUGCGCGUCUUGUGGCAUUCCGCCGAUGGAGAAGGAUUCCGAGCAGAGGCUCCUGGUUGAGAUCGCCAAGCAACAGAUCUUGAACAAGCUGCACCUGAAAGAAAGACCGAACAUCACCUCGACUGUGCCCCGCGCUGCGCUUAUCACGGCUCUCCGCAAACUCCACGCGGGGCGAGUCAGACCCGACGGCACCAUUGAACUCGAAAUGAAYAUCAAUGAUACAAAAGAUCAGGGAUAUGAAAUGGUGAGCUUCGCAGAAAUGGAUGAGAUYGACACUACUGGUGCUCAGCCACGCCUCACCUUCCAGUUCCUGCAGGAGCAAGGCCACAGCAUUCAGGUGCUCCAGUCAGCCCUGUGGCUGUACGUCCGCUCCUCUGACGCCCCUAACUCGGGGCCCCGCCCCACCGUCACAGCCCACAUCUACCUCUCCGGGCCUGGGAAAAGCUGCUCUAACCGCACCCUCCUCCUAGAGAAGAUCCUGGAUGUGCAGAAGAGCAACUGGUACACCUUCCCCAUUACACACACCCUGCAAGCGUUCAUGGACGGGGGCCAGCGGCUGCUACAGCUGGAAGUCACCUGCACAGAGACUGGGGUAGCCGGGGAGAAUGUCGUUAGCCAGAACCUGUGUGAGCUGGGUAAGACCAUGGACAUGGCCCACCAGCCUUUCAUGGUGGCCCAGGUGCGGCUCCGCGAGGACCACAAACACGUCCUCCAGAAGAGGUCCCUGCAGUGCGGAGAUGAUGUUACGGUCUGCUGCAAGAAGGACUUCUACGUCAAGUUCAAGGAUAUCCAGUGGCAGGACUGGAUCAUAGCUCCAGAAGGGUACCACAUGAAUUACUGUAUGGGCCAGUGUCCCCAGGCCCUGGCUGGGUCUCCAGGCAUCGCGUCUUCCUUCCACGCUACAGUCUUCAGCCAGCUCAAAGCCAAUGGCAUCAACACAGCAGUGUCUUCCUGCUGUGUGCCCAUCCAGCGCAGGCCUCUGUCUAUGGUCUACUUCAACUCACAGCACAGCAUCGUCAAGACCGACGUCCCUGACAUGAUCGUAGAGUCCUGCGGCUGUACGUAAAGAAAGAGAAGAAAGAGAAAGACAAGACAUUCAGCUAGUUAUGCUUUUAGUCUGAGAAGACUAGAUUGAAUGUGUCACACAUGCACAGACAGAUGCAAACACAUACACAGACAGAUGCAAACACAUACAUGCAUACUUCACGAUCAUGCCGUAUAGUAUUUAAGAUGUUCCGUCUUCAUCAAUUCGAUAGAGGGUUUUUGAACGCCAAUUGGGAAUAGUACUGAGUGCUCAAAGGGUUUGUUUAGUCAAUUGGUCAUACACCAGAUAGCACAUGACAGAAAGAGGAGAGAGAUUCAUAUAUCGCCUUCAUUCCUUUUUUUUAUUUACUGUAAAACAAUGAGUUGUUAUUAUCGUAUUUCCUUUUAUCCCUAGUUUUUUUGUUUUACUGGUGAGCGUGAGGUGAGCUAAGAAAGACACAGUAAGAUUUAUGCAGUCAGUGCUUGGACCUAAGGGAAAUGGAGUGGAGCUUACUCUUUUUCUUUGUUUCUAAAAAGAUGUGUGCUGCAUCGACGAUUUUCACACAUAUCCCACGUGCACAUAUCCCACGUGCACAUAUCCCACGUGCACAUCCGACUGAGAAUGCCCAUCGUAAUACAGUGAAAUUGUAUACACUAGUAUAAACC